AUGUCGGCAUUGCGUCACCGUCAUCAGGCUGCCGUUCCCCGUCCUUCUACCACUUUAAUCCAUCACCAUGAAACGCCAAAACGUCAUCAUCGCUUCCACCCGUCACUUCCUCAUGGAUGGCUCGUUAUUUUCGGGUUUUUAGCCUUUUAUGCGUCAACUUUUGCUAUUGUGACCUAUUGGCACACGUGGCUGCCUGAGGCCAAGGGAUUAGACGCACCAUUAGAUGAAUUCUCAGAGGAUAGAGCUCGUAUUAUAUUAGAACAGAUUAUGAGCUUUGGAUAUCGUCCAGUUGGUACGAAAGCCAAUGAGGAAGUAACACCAACUUAUCUAUUGGAACAGAUUGCAGAAAUCCAGACACUCAAGCCGGAAAAUGUGCAAGUCGAAGUCGAUGUGCAAAAACCAUCGGGUGCCUUUGGACUGAAUUUUAUUGCACAGUUUCAGAAUAUUUACGCCAAUGUGACGAAUAUUUUGGUCAAGGUGUCGCCACCCGAUGCAACAUUUGAUGCACUUAAUAACUCCUUGAUGAUUUCAUCUCACUAUGAUGCUGCUAUUGGUGGAGCAGCAGCUUCGGAUGAUGGUGUGAACAUUGCAAUUAUGAUGGAAUUGCUACGGAUUGUUGUAUUGAAUCCACCGAAACAUGCAACAUUGGUGUUCAAUUUUAACGGAGCAGAGGAAACCAUAAUGCAAGCGGCACAUGGCUUUAUUACACAACAUCCAUGGACAAAUACAAUUCGAGCUUUUAUUAACUUAGAAGCUGCUGGUGCUGGUGGUCGGGAAUUGCUCUUUCAAACAGGUAGUGACGAGCUAGCAUUGGCUUACGCACAGGGAGCGAAAUACCCACAUGCAAGUAUUAUCGCACAAGAGCUUUUUCAAUCGGGCAUUAUUCCUGCUGAUACGGACUAUAGAGUCUAUCGUGAUUUCGGUUACGUUGCUGGCAUGGACUUUGCGUAUAUCGCAAAUGGCUAUGUUUACCACACGAUGUUAGACGAUAUAUCACGUAUUCAACCCGGCGCGGUUCAGCGUCUUGGAGAGAAUCUUGUCGGUGUCGUGUACCAAUUGGGAAAUGAGCCUGGACGCCUGAAAAAGGUUGGAGACAAUCCCCAAAGCUCCAACACUUUAUUUUCGGAUAUCAUGGGACUUACGAUGAUGACUGCGAGCAAGGAAAUGACGUUUACUUUGUGUGGAGGCGUGCUUCUGCUGGCCGUGGUCUACCUCAUGAUAUCCCACGUCUCGCUUUCUGAACGCUUGACCGCGUUCGUGCUGAUUACACGAUGCUUUGGUGCUGCAAUUGCCUCAUCGUUGACAGUUGCUGUGUUGCUAAGUCUAUAUGCGCCACUGCCGUGGUACUCUCAGCCAUAUCUAGCUGGAGCGCUCUUCAUUUCUCCAGCACUCGCAGGAAUGCUUCAUCAGCUUACAUCUGCAUUGGAGAAAAAGACGAACAAGAUGACGCCUCAAGCUCUGUGGCACCUUGAGGAGAGUAUCUUCGAGGUUAUCAUGUGCAUUUGGAUGGGAGGAUUGACAAUCUGCUUGCAAUUUGGGCUAAUCUCGAGCUACAUUUUGGCAGCAUGGAUAUUCUUUCCGCUAGUGGGGCAGGUAUUAUGCCAGCUCUUGCAGCGCUCCCGCUUGCUCUCGUCGGGCAUGUACAUUUGUAUCUCGCUGAGCGCCAUGGUCAUUCCUGUGAUCCACACGAUGUGCUGCUUUGCGAUCGCCCUGAUGUUCUUCAUCCCGUUGCUGGGUCGAAGCGGUCCAGUCGUACCUCCUGACGUGGUGCUAUCGCUUUUGAUGUGCAUCAUUCUCUUGAUAAUGGUUUCCUAUUCGGCUCGAGUGUUUUGCUUCCUUCCAGCCAAGCAGCUCAAGUUGAUUCGGAACAUAUGCAUUGUCAUUACCGUGGUAUCUACAGCUUACGCUUCAAUUCGUAACCCAUACUCGGAUAUCUGUCCGAAGCGUCUUAUGCUCCAGCACGUUCAGCGCGAAGUUCGGCUUCCGAACGGGAAUGUUCACACUGACUCGGGUCUGUGGAUCAAUUCGCUGGACUUCCGUGGACCUGAUCCUAUUAAAAGCAACUUGGCAAGUACGCAGUGGAAGGAUGCACGCAUGCAUCGAGCUCCGGAAGAACUACACGAGAACGCCGAAGUGUAUGGGCACAUGCCGUGGUCACUUCCGGUGAAGCACAUACUUCCGGAACACAAGUCGUGGUAUCUUUUGACUGCUGCACCCGCCAUCCCUAGCGAUGUCCUUGCCAGACUUGAAGUCCUCUCAUCAAAGUACUCGGAGGAGACAAAUCGCCGCACAAUCCACUUCAUGAUAACCGGACCAUCACACAUGAACCUCUUUAUCGAUGCCAAGAAAACAAAAUUGACUUCGUGGUCUCUGGGAAACGGUGACAGCGGGCCAGUUGUUGAAGCUGAAGAUGCAUACAUUCUCCAGUUCUGCAGCGGCACCGUUCCAUCAACCUAUCACUUUUGGAUCGAGGCCAAGUCCAACAAGCCUAUUGAUGUUGCUUUUGUUGGGCACUACCUUGCGCUCACGACUCCAGAAAUGAAGGAAUUCUCGGACGCGCUACCAUCCUGGGUUGUUGCUACCUCUACGGUGUCGACCUGGACAAAGAUACAGAUCUAA